UUUACUCGUGCCAGUCGUGGGCAAAAUAUUGUGCAUGUGGUAUGUUUACAUUAUUAUUUACGAUCGAUCGAUCGCUGCAAGUUGGCUCAUCAUUUUUCAACUGAAGUUCCCACAGCCUCGUACUUGUAGUCGCAUUGUAUACUGCAAAUAGGCAAAACAAACCAAAAGAUGACGGAAACCGAUUCAUCGACAUCGAGGAGAAAGGGCAAAUUCGCAGCACUGAUUCUAGCAAGAGGCGGAAGCAAGGGCAUCAAGCUGAAGAACAUCAAGUUGCUGGCUGGUCAACCAUUGAUUUCUUGGGUCCUCCGAUCAGCCGUAGAUUCGGGAGAAUUUGACGAAGUGUGGGUCUCCACUGACCAUGAUGAAAUAGCUCGCAUCUCGGAGGAGUGGGGUGCGAAGGUGCAUCGGAGGUCCGCGGAAGUGUCACAUGACGCCUCCACAUCCAUUGAGACUGUACAAGAAUUUUUGAAAUUUCAUCCAGAAAUUGAACUAAUUGGGCAGAUUCAGUGCACGUCGCCUUGCCUGCAGCCAUGGCACCUACAGGGCCCCGCUCGUAUGGUCAGGGAAGGAGGCUACGAUUCGGUGUUCGCUGUCUCACGUAAUCAUCUCCUCCGAUGGAAAGAGGUGAAAAAGCCAGGUGAGCAGACAGAGGCUGAAAACUUCAAUCCCGCUAAGAGGCCGCGGCGACAGGACUGGGCCGGUCAUCUCUGUGAAAAUGGAGCCGUUUAUUUUGCAACUCGGGAACUGCUCAUGAGCGGGCUCUUCCAGGGAGGAAGGGUUGGCUAUUUUGAAAUGGGGCCAGAGUACAGUAUUGACAUCGACACCGACGUUGACUGGCCAAUCGCGGAGCAGCGGGUCAUCAAGUUCGGUUACUUUGGCAAGAAGAAGCCGCAGGGGGUACGACUCGUGGUUUUUGCAGCAGACGGUGUUCUGACCGACAACAUGUUACACAUCACCUCUGCCGGCGAUGAGUUUCGUUCAUACAACUUCAGUGAUUCCAUUGGCAUCCAGGAAUUAAUACAAAAGGGAAUGGCCGUCCGGAUCCUAAGCUGUGAAGAGAGCAUUACUCACCAGAAAUAUGCAGAUAAGCUGAAUCUGCCUUUGACCAUGGGAUGCAAGGACAAAUUAGCCGUCUUGGAAGAGUGGAGAAAAGAGUUGCAGCUGGACUGGCUGGACAUUGCUAUUAUGGGGUGUGACACGCCGGACUUUGAAUGCCUGAAGCGCUGUGGGGUCAGUGGUUGCCCCGCCGAUGCACAAGCGCCGGUCCAAACGGCGGUACAGUUUGUCUCCAAGCUUGCUGGCGGCCGGGGCGCGGCCCGGGACUUUUGUGAGUACCUCCUGUUACUCCGGGAGAAAGCCAAGUCGGCUGAGGAACAAGAGAGAUGCUUAACUCCGAAAUAGUUGGCUCAUUGCUUAAAAAGUUUGGCUGCAGAAGGUAUCCAACCUCGAUAGUCAUGAUAGUGGCACCUCACUUUCAACUAGGCUUGCAUGGUACUUUUUUUGUAAUCCCAAAACCUUUGUUGGAAGGUGAUUGCUUCACACUACAUGAACACUACUAAGAUGAGAAGGAAUUUUCUUACUCUAGUUUUCAUUCAAGGCUAAAGGUGUAAAGA